UUCAAGACGAAUGAAAGGAAUGGUGAUAUCUUUUAAACAAGUGUUUUGACAUUAGAAACACACCGUACGAGAUACAUAUGAAAUCAAUAGAUUAGUACAUUACAAAUUCAAAACAAAUACCUAUUAAUUUUAUUUGAACUUGUAGUUCAAGUACUACGUCCGUUACACAAUGUAUCUGAAUACAAUAAGAAAAUUAUACAUUAACACUGAACGCAAACCUUUAUAAGCAUCUUAUUAAAUUCAUUUGGAGCAGUAAGUUAAGAAUUACCAAUAAGAUGACAGCAGAAGAUUUAUCAACCGGACACACUAACAUAGGGGAUGAUACCACAUUAGAAUUAAAAAUUAAAAAUUGUUAUACACCAGCCAGAGUUAUUGGAACCGAUUACUCGUUUAAACAUAAAAUAGUGUGGAAAAAUGCUAUAGCAUUUUUGAUAUUACAUCUAUUAGGAUUAUGGGGUUUAUUCGUCUUUUUAACAGGAGGUGUUGGCAUCAAAACAGCAUUAUGGACUGCUUUCAUCUUGUUUGUCUCAUCUGAAGGGAUCACUAUCGGCGCUCACAGACUGUUCUCACAUAAAUCCUUUACAGCUACUCCACUUUUGCGAGGUAUUCUCCUGAUUCUACAAACAGUAGCUGGACAGAACUCGAUGUACAUUUGGUGCAGAGACCAUCGUCUGCACCACCGAUAUUCCGACACUGACGGAGACCCCCAUAACGCGAAGCGAGGCUUUUUCUUUUCUCACGUAGGAUGGCUGAUGUCGAAGAAACAUCCUUAUGUCAUUGAAUUGGGAAAGAUGAUCGAUAUGAGCGAUUUAGAGGCUGACUGGAUGGUGAUGUUCCAAAAGAAGUAUUACUAUCCACUAUACGUGUUAUUCGCUCUAUUUAUUCCUGUAUGGGUGCCGAUACAGUAUUUUGGAGAGACUUUUAAAAAUUCGUUCCUAGUGUGUUAUUUCUUUCGAUACCUUUUCCAAGUGAAUGGGACGUGGCUGGUGAACAGCGCCGCUCAUCUUUACGGUACAAGGCCUUACGACAAAAAUCUUCAACCCGUGGAAUCCUGGUUUGUAUCUUUGAUAUGCUUAGGCGAGGGCUGGCACAACUACCACCACACAUUCCCCUGGGACUACAAAGCAGCUGAACUCUCGAUGCAUUUGAAUGUAUCGGCAAGCAUUAUAAGAUGGCUGGAAAAAAUUGGUCUAGCGUACAACUUGAAGACAGCAUCGCCUGAAAUGGUCGCAAAAAGGAUUAUUAGAACAGGUGAUGGUACGCAUUAUGCUCUUGGUAACGAUGAUGCGAAAGCAAGGGUCACAGCUAUUGGACCACUGCAUCCUAUCAACCCUAGUUAUACUACUAAAUAUGAAGCACCCAGGACCAAUCUAAAUGACCAAGGAUUACCACUAUUCCACGAAACGGACGUCAUAAACGUUAAUACUAAAAAUAUAAACAGAAAUUUUACUAAAGCUUAAAUUACAUCAAAACGUAGAA